AUGAGUCAGAUACAACACAAAGUAGAGUGGAGGAAAGAAGAGGAGGAGGGCAGAGAAGAGGCCAGGUCAGGCAGGUGGUUUGCCUUUCCAGACUGGGCCUACAAACCCGAGUCGAGCCCCGGCUCGCGACAGAUCCAGCUGUGGCACUUCAUCCUGGAGCUGCUGAGGAAGGAGGAGUACCAUGAUGUCAUCGCCUGGCAGGGGGACUAUGGAGAGUUUGUCAUCAAGGACCCUGACGAGGUGGCCCGGUUAUGGGGGGCCCGCAAGUGCAAACCCCAGAUGAACUACGACAAGCUGAGCAGGGCACUCCG